AAGUGGGAUGAGCUUCCGUCGAAGGAAAUGGUGCCUCAACAUUUCGUUGGAAGGGAAGAAGCAGAAGCCCGAUGGGAGAUUGUAGCCCCCUUCAUCUUCCCCUUAUAUGUGACAGAUCAGCACUCUAACCGACGACUGAGCUAUUUACCCCUGUCGUGGAUGACAGGGAAGAAGCUAGACGGCCGAGACCGUCGCAGCGCUACUCUCCGGAGUUCUCCUCCGGCGAACUUUCUCUUCUUCUUCAUUCCUCUUCCGUACAAUUCCUUGUAACACCGGCGCUAUGAGGCCUUUGUCUGUGAUCCAAUUAAAAAGAUUUAGCUCACCUCUCUCUGUGUUCUUUGAUUCAAUUUGCUUUCCUCUUUAUUUAUGUUCUUCUUUUUCAUCAACAGAAAACACAAGCUGUUGGGAUCCAGCUGUUUCUCUAGAUCUCAAGCACCCCACUCUUCUCUUCCUCGAGAAGAACUGCAUAACCAUUCACCAUUUCAGAGAGAUCUUGGCCCAGAUGAUGCGGCUUCAUCUCACUGCCCAGACUUUCCCCAUGAGUAGGCUUCUUUACUUUGCCGCAGUCUCCCACCCUGAGCAUCUUCUGCAUUAUGCUUUUCUCCUCUUCCAACACUUCACUCCCAAUCCCAAUCUGUUUGUUUUCAAUACCAUGAUUUCAGCUCUCUCUUUUUCACUGACCCAAUCAAUAUCAAUGUACAAAUUGAUGCUUUGCUGCCGAAUUCGCCCUGAUGAACACUCUCUACUUUCCCUUCUCAAGCUAUGUUCUUGCUUGUCUGUUACCAAACAGAUUCAUACGCAUAUUAUUGUGAAUGGAUUCAAUUGGCAUGUAUAUUUGCAGAAUUCUCUUAUCAACAUGUAUAUGGUGUGUGGGAAACUAGAGUCUGCCUAUCAGGUGUUUGAAAUAAUGCCCCUGAAGGAUGUAGUUUCGUAUAAUACCAUGAUAUCUGGAUAUGCUAAGAAGAGUCAUAGCUGGGAGGCUUUCGAGCUGUUUCAUGAAAUGGUUCGUUCCGGUAUUGAGUUAGAUCUGUAUACUGUGGUAGGACUUCUGCAGUGUUGUGUUCAGCUUAAAGAUGAGGUUUUGGGGAAGUCUGUUCAUGGAUUGGUGAUGAGGAGAUUGUCAACAUGUGAGGCCUCUCUGGUUGUAAACAAUGCUCUCAUGGGCAUGUACGCUAAGUGUGAGCAGAUGAGAAUUUGUCUGAAAGUUUUUGAGGAGCUUGAGAAAAAAGAUAGUAUAUCAUGGAAUAUUAUUAUAUCUGGUUUUGUCAAUUCUGGAGAAUUAGAUAUUGCCUGCCAAUACUUUAGCAAGGCACCCAUUAGAGAUUUGGUUUCAUGGAACUCACUGCUUGGCGGAUUUGCCCGUAAGGGGGACUGGAGAGCAAUGAUGAACUUCUUUGAGAAAAUGCUGGCUCAGAAUGUCAAACCUGAUAAAAUUACAAGCAUAACUCUAGUUUCUGCUGCUUCAGAAAUGGGAGUUCUGGAUCAAGGAAGAUGUGUGCAUGGAUGGGUGGUGAAGGCGCAUGGAAGUGCUGAUGCAUUCUUAGGAUCUGCACUGAUAGAUAUGUACUGUAAGUGUGGAAGCAGUGGAAGUUCUCUUCAAGUUUUUGAGUUGAUUAAAGAUAAAGACAUUACUGCAUGGACAGCCAUGAUCAGUGGGCUUGCAUUCCAUGGCCAUGGAACCAAAGCUUUAGAAAUAUUUGGGAAACUUGGGGAAGGAGGCCUAGUGCCUAACUUUGUCACCUUGAUUGCUGUUCUUACUGCUUGCAGUCAUUCUGGGUUGGUGGACGAAGGACUAAGGAUUUUCAGUAAUAUGAAACAGGAAUAUGGUGUUGAACCGGGAGUAGAGCACUAUGGGUGUCUUGUGGAUCUUCUUGCUAGAUCAGGGAAGCUUAAUGAAGCAAGAGAUGUGAUUGGAAGGAUGCCGAUGAAGCCGACCCAAUCAAUGUGGGGAGCUAUUUUGAGCGCUAGCAGAGCCCAUGGUGAUAUGAAACUUGCAAUGGAGGCUUUAAACAAACUUGUAGUGUUAGAACCUGAGGAUGAUGGUGGCUAUGUCUUGUUGUCCAAUGUAUAUGCUUCUUGUGGGAGAUGGAUUUAUUCGGAUAUGGUUAGAGAGAUCAUGGAAGGAAGAGGAAUAAAAAAGAAUACAGGUUGGAGCAGUGUGGUUAUUGAUGGGGUUCUUCAUGCUUUUGUUUCUUCAGAUAAGAGGCACUCAAGUUGGGAUGAACUUUGUAUUUCACUAUGUCAGUUGCAUGAGGAAAUGAGUCUCCUAACUGAGACAAUGUGAAGCAUUCCACAGAUUGAGUGAUUGCUGAAAUCAUGGCUUCUUUUGCCUUUAUGUUUUGCAAGUAGUUGUCAGAUUUACGGUAAGCCAACUUGCCAUCAUGCCAGAAAUUACAAUUCCUCCCCCUUUUAAAGUUCUUAUGUCAAUUAUUCGCUCCAUCGCAAAUGUCCUACUCGCCGCUUAUAAUUUCCAUCCUGGAACCAUCAAAUCGUGAAGCUGUUCAAGGCAAAUGGGUUCGAAGCUUUUCUGUGCCCACCAUCUCAUCUUCUCGAUCAAGAAGCGAUGAGUCAACAGAUACAAAAUUAACAAAAAAAGGAAAGUUGUUCUACGAAUCCUAGGACUCCAAAUAUUGUAGCAUUCUUUGAUGUUGAUUACGCUCAAUUGAAGAUUGGAAGCCGACAUGGGAUACUCUAUCUUUAUCUGAGGUAAUAUGACAUCUAGAAAAAUAAGAAAUAAGCUAUUGUAGCCAAAAUUUAUGCUGUGGCUAAGUGCAAAUUCAUAGCUCAUUUUGCGUCUGAAAGGAUACGAGUAAAAGAAUCAUUGAAUUUAUAGGAUUGUAUUGUAACAAUUGCAGCAUCAUCUCUAUUGACAAUAAUAUUAUUUUUCA